UAGAGUGCUGUUAGCUAUAGUUCUGAGAAGGCAAGAAGGACGAAGACGAACGUACGCGCAUGCGCAUGUCGGCGGGCAUGCCUCUGCAAUCGAGGCCAUGCUUUUUGACGCGGUAGGGAUUGUAGUGAGCCCAUGUUGCUUGGCAGUAGUUGCAGCGGAAGAUGGGAGGCGCGUUUGGGCGCUUGACUUCGUGGGCGAUGGAGUCUGCUACGGAGUCGCGGGGACGGCCGGCUUUUCGCUUGGGGAGGGAGGAGGGGUGGGGUUUUUGGUUGGUCUUUUGCUGCUGCUGUUGUUGUUGCUGUUGCUGCUGUUGCUGCUGCUGUUGCUGCUGUUGCUGGAGUUGUUGAUGCUGCUGGUGAAGGGGAAGGGAGAUGGAGGAGCCAGGGAGAGAGUGGGUGUAUGCCGAGUCCGCAGGCGGAGGGGGGACGUAUGCAGAGGAGGGAAAGGCCUGGGAGGGGUCGGAGAAGGCGGGCUGGAGGAGGGGCGCAGGGGGCCUCAGCUGGAGGGUGGAGGCAGCCAGAGGCGGACGAGGGAGGUGGGGGAGGCCCUGGAUUUCCGCAUCCAUAGGCGUGGGGAGCGAGUGCAGAGAGGAGGUGGGAGUGGGAGUGGGCGAAAGAGCAGGAAGAAGAAGAAGAGAAGAAGAAGCAGGAGGCGGAGAGGAGGAGAUUCACAUGAUUCCCUCGAAGCCGACGCCAGAACCGAACCAAAAAAGCACAGAAACCAAAGCCGUUGCCGCCCAAAACAAGAAAAAACCUGGAAUCCGAGUGAGGAAGGACGCGCCCGAGCAACGCGUGGAGCGAGACAUCAGCUCACUUUGACUUUUACCCCUGCAUAAUUUAUAGUGUUUUGUGUGACUUAUGCUGUGCGGCGUACCUGUCAGUGUGUAGUGGAGGGGAAAGUACCGGUGGGAGUGGUAGUGGAUCUGGGUAUUUGGGUACC